AUGCUUCUUGUCUGCACACAAGAAUCAGAGUCUUCGCAGAAAAUAAAGCAUAAGAACUAUGAGACUGCUGUCCUAGGAAGAAAUGUAACCAUCUUCUGCAACUUGACAAGUCUGGCAAAUGUUCUACAAGUUACCUGGCAAAAAAUCCAAGGUUCUUUGCUUCAAAAUAUCGGCACUUACAGCCAGAAAUAUGGAGAAAAUAUUCUCCCCCCAUAUGUAAACAGGCUGCACUGCCAGAUCCUGGAACCCAAUGCCUCCUUCAUAACUAUCCAAGGAGUGACAUUUGAAGAUGAAGCCUGCUACAAGUGUCUGUUCAACACCUUUCCAUAUGGCAGCCAUGGAGAACAAACCUGCCUGAACAUUCUAAUUGUACCUGAAUUAAUAAUAACUGAACUCAGUCCUGUUAAUGGCUCUGAAGACCUCCUCAACCUCCAUUGUUCAGCUGUGGGAAAGCCUGCUCCUGGCAUCUCCAUUUACCCUUCACAAGCCCUAGUGCUCACACAAGAAGAAUACUUUACUACAAACCCAAAUACCACAGUGACCGUCACUAAAAUACACAACAUCUCUUUGAAAACUGUGAGGUCCUUGGGCCUCCAGCAACUGGUUGUGUCCAUGACUCACCCUCUAAGAAGCGAAGACAAGAUAGUUCCUCUGCCAGUAAAGCAGGAAGGUCCCGGGUGUCCUUUUUUAAAUUGGAUGAUAACUGCAAUUGUAUUCGCCAUUUUAUUUUUCACUUCAUGUGUCAUCAAUGCUGUUCUCUGUAUCUAUUUCCGAAAGAAAAGGUCAGAGAACAUGCCUGUCCAAUCAUCAAUACCAACGUGCACACCAUCAGCAAGAGAGACUGAGGACUUAAUGAGCCACCACCAUCAGACAGACAUAAAUGAAAAUCAGUGCCUUGCUCAGCCAUCAUCAGAGGAGCUGCUUCCUGCAAGAUUGGAACAAAUAUAAAGACUCAUAAACAGACAUUAUUUGGCCAGUGAGAGACCUUUGAACACUCAGCCCUCAAUGGAAUGUCUCCAUCAAAUCACUCCCCUCAAAGCUCAGGGGACCCUGCAGAAGAGGAUGCAGAAAGAGUGGAAGAGCCAGAAGGGAUGGAGGACACCAAGAAAACAAGGCCUUCUAAAUGAAUAUGAGCAAAGCUCAUAGAAGACACAUGGCUGAGGCAGCAUGUGCAGGGUCUCCCUGGGUCUGCACCAGGUCCUUUGCACAUGUAUUAUGGGAGUCCUGAGUGAGAGAAUUUCUGGGUCUCUGAUUUUCUGCCUUCUCUUGGCCUCUUUUCCUUUUCUUGUCCAAGUUUGAUGUAAUAAUAUUUGUUUUAUUUCAUUAGAUUUUGAAAAAGUGAAUAUGAACGAAUGAAGGGAAACCUAACCACUAGGGUAAAGAUUAACAAUGGAACUGUGAAAAUUAGUUCUCUCCAGUAGAGUUAAACUGGGUAUACCCACCACUCUAGUACAGGAUUCAUGUUCAAGAGUGGUUGACAAGCCUAUAAUGGACUCCACAGGUUUUUACUUUUUUGUAUAUUUUGAUUUGCCUAUAGUUUGUUGAUUAUUUCUUUUUUUCUUUUUAGCUGUUGUUCUAAUGGCUUUGGUAAUAUUGUUGUAUUGGGGUUGUGUUUUAUUUUUUGAGAAAGAACUUAAAGUUGGGUGGUUGUUGGUUAUUUCUUUUUUUUUUCUUUUUAGCUGUUGUUCUA